CAGCAGGGGCAAAGUUUUAUCCAAACAAAUGGAGAGUUUCAUCUGAAGACGAUCAACAUCUUUAUGAAUAUUUUAUCGACUUGCAGUAGAAACCUGGAGGGUAAACUAACCAACCCAACAUCCGGCGGAAAGAGCUUCGUAGCUGUUUGUUGGUGAGUGGGCGAUUUUGGAUCGACCAUGGGCCGUUUUUUGAAGUUUUUCACAGCGGUGGGUGAUGACCACGAAGCUGCCUCAAAAUUGGAUGAUGAUGAAGAACUGCACAAAGUUAGCGAAGACCUGGAGCCUGCGAAACAAGCGGCCGCACAGGCGACGUUCAGAGACUCUUUGAAACGACUCUUCAGCACGGAGAGGUUUCAGAUCACUAUUGUGUCCUUGGUGAUCUUGGAUGCCUUAUUUGUACUGUGUGAGCUGCUCUUAGACCUGUCCAUAAUCGAAGCCGACAAGGAGCACAUCGCGCCACAGGUGUUUCGUUACCUCAGCUUGGCACUGCUUACCUUCUUCGUGGUGGAGUUGGGCUUUAAGCUGUACGCGUAUCGGCUCGAGUUUUUCCACCACAAGUUUGAAGUGUUUGAUGCGAUUAUCGUGAUCGUGUCCUUCAUCCUGGAUAUCGUCGACCUCUCCAAAAAAAACGCCUUCGAUGCCACGGGUCUGCUCAUCCUGCUCAGGCUGUGGAGGGUGGCCAGGAUCAUUAACGGUAUUCUGUUGUCGGUGAAGAGUCAAGCUCAUCACAAAGUGCAGAGGAUGAAAGCUGCAAACGAUCAUCUCCUCCUUCAAGUCAGAGAGCUGCAAGAGCAGAAAACCGCACUGGAGCAAGAGGUCAACAGGAUGAGAGCACUCUUAACAAAGCACUCCAUCGAGUACUGAUGAUCAUAACUCGCCAUUACUGGCCGUACAAAAAAAAUACUCGCGAUAAGCACACAAUGAAGGGAAAUAUACUAAGCUAACAAUCGAGAGGUCAGAAUCAAACGUGAUAAAUUUUAGUUAUACCAGUAAUCUGGUCUGCUGCAGCUUUCUGAAGAACAAGGCCAUGAAGGAGUGUUCUGAAAAUAAAUCAUUUUAUUCUGUCCACAUUCACUGGAUAUGAGCAAUCGCGCACUUGGAUUGGCUACUCUACUACUAGGCUAUCAGCUCAUAUACCAGGAGUAGAGAAAAAUAAAAUAGCGGCGCGUCUUGCUGAACCAACCGAGGAUGAAACAGAAACUACUCGAAAACAAAACCGUAAAAAAAUGGAAUAAAAGUAUUUAAGUGUAAGAACUUUUUAAUUAUUUUUCAAGAAUUAUUAUUAUUAUAGCAUUUUUCACAAAUUGCUACUGUCAUUUCGCUGGAUUGUUUACAUUCUGAGCAGAAGUGAUUUUUUUGGACGUUUUGUAUAAAAGUUUUAAAUUUUAUUAAAUUUGCAAAAAAAAAAAGCUCAGUUUCUGAAAAUCCAGUCAAUGUGGCUAGAAUAAAACAAUUAUUCCACUCGAUCUCGUCAUACGUGGUUUACAGGUGAUCAGCUCAUGUACGACUCGAUUUUAUGGAAUAACUUAAAUAUCUUAACUGUUACUCAAGGUUUGCAAUAAGAUUACAGACGCAACUAAAACCCGUCACUUGGAAUUUCUGAUCUCUGACUAGAAUUCCUACAUGGAGAAGUCAGGACUGUCCCUUUUAAUCCCUGUAGCCCCUCAAGUUAUGCUGCAUAUACUAGGAUUUGCUUUCGAUCAAUCAACAUAUUAGCUUGUUAAAUCUAUUAUAAAACCGUUCGCUGUAUACAGCUGAGGAGGUAAAUGGACAUCAGUCAUCACAGUUAGCUAGCUGGAUUUUUGCUUACAUAAGACAACCGUGAAGGCAUCCAUGUUUGUUAACCCACUGUACAGCGAGUUUAUUUGAAAAAUUACGCAAUUCUGAGUUUCCACCUCUGAAUUUAGUCGAAUGCAGAAUCUGCAUCAGUUCUGGCCACCAUUUUUAUUUAUUUUUUUUCUUUCAAGACUUCAUAAUUCACUUUCAUCAAGUGAACAGAUUUAUGAGACUGCCUUCCCAAGCUGUACUCGUACUGCCUUCUGAACAAGACACAGACUUUAUUUCAGGAAUCAGGAGUCCAACAUCAUGCCUAUCUACGAAGCCUUCUCCCACAGGUAGUCAAUAGUCUGCAUUAUGUAACGUUGGGAAUAUUUGAGAAGGGAAAUCAACUGUGAGCUUGUUCUUUAUAUUUUCUUUAAAAAAAAAAAAAAAGUUUAUAACCCAACUUGAAUUCAAUUAUUUUCUUAUUCAAAGUCUAUGCAAAAUUACAGUAUGUAUACUAAUAUAUUUCUAAGACUGAAACUGUUAAGCUUCUGUUCAGCCUGCUGCGAGAUAAUGUACUCAACUGAAUAUUUUCUAAAAGAAUCAAACGUUUAUUUUAUAAUUGAAAAUAUUAUGUAUUAUAAAAUGUGAAUCUGAGUGCAGUACACAGUACUGUGCAAAAGUUUUAGGCCCCUUGGUUUCCCCCCCAUACGAACUUAGAAAUCUAUAACAAUUUUAUGACUUCAACAUUAUCGAGUCAGUACAAAAACAUUUUAGAGUCCAAACAUUUGUUUUCCAGCACAAAAUUAAAUGUUACAGGGGGGUAAAAAAAAAAAAAAAAAAAAAAUUGUAUCUGAGUAGCGUAUUCCAUAAGAGAGCACUUUUCAGAUAAUAAUAAUGAAAGCUACUGGGUUUUGGUGCAAAAUUAAGAAGCAAGUAUGACCGUCAAAGUGUCCAGAAGAACUGUGGCUGGUUCUGUAAGAUGCUCAGUAAAACCUACAGCUCGUUUCCUUAUAAAACUGCACUCGCUGUACUGGAAAUUAUUAUUAUUUAAAGCAAAGGGUCAUCGCACACCAAAUAUUGACUUUGUUUCAUUUAUUAUGACUUACUGCUUAUAUAUAUAAAAAAUUAUUAUUUUUUUUUAAAUGUUGAAACAUUUCAUUUAAUUAUUUUUAAGCCAUUUUUGGUUGACAGCAUUUCUUUACACGUGCGUAAGACUUUUGCAUAGAACUGUGUACCAUAUAUAGUUCGUACAGAAUAAUUACUAUUUACAGUAUUGCCAUUGUUGUGGAGAGGGGAAUGAGGGCACAAUAAAGAAUAAAUAUUAAAAAAAAAAAAGUCUAAAAUGCCUCAUUUAUAUAUAAAUGGUUUUAGAUAGAUGUCAAAGAUCUCUAUAAAUACAUACAUUUUAUACUGUCUGUCCUGAUCAAUAAUACACUACCACAGCUGCCAUUAAUGCCAGAGAAAAUAACAAUGUGGGUUGAUAAUUUUUUAAAUAAUAUAAAUACAAAUUUCCUUUUUUACGCCUCCUUUGCUCAAGCAAAAGUAGUCCUCCACAAUUUAAAUGUUGUGCUAUUUUUUCAAACUGGAAAACUUCAAAAACAUUGACAAUGACAGUCAAUUAAGUGUUGCUUGCUCCAAUCCAACAAAUGCUUGUACAGUGAGUGUACAGUAAUAUAAACAUAAAAUCAGAAUUUUACAAAUUGCAAAUCCAUAGUCCAUGUUCCCUUUGUACAAUUUUCACGUUAUCACAAAAUAGUACUUCUUUUGCCAUUUUUGCAGCAUUCAUUUUAGAAUUAAAACACACCAAAUUACUCACUCACAACCCUUACAGUACUUUCACUGACGUCACAGAUUUUUGUUUAUUGCGUCCACCAUAUCGCCGGGCAAACAAAGAAACGGCCGCGACAGUUAAUAAUGACAAUCGCGACGACUGCAGUCAGUACAAUCUCUCCGAAAUUAUUAAAUUUAUAUUUUAUACCAGCAGGUCGUGUUGCAUCCAAAAGCUGAAACAUGCAGGCAUCACAGAUCCAUAUAAUUUACCCACAAAUGUUUUUAUUUAUUUAUUCUGCCCACUGCUCGCUCACGCUCACUGUGUAUGCAUGCAUGCGUUCACUGUGUCAGAUGGUUUAAAUGCAGAGCAGAAAUUUCACUGUGCUUGAGUUUACAUGCGACAAAAAAAGGCUGCUCCUUCCUACGGGAUUUGGGACACUACGACAUCCUGAACUAUUUAGUAUUUGGGGCUUCUAAAUACACCGGAGGUGCUAAAGGCUUACAAAAGUACAGAUGCUGACCAAGAUUUCGAGGCAGGUUUCGUGCUGGAAUGUUAUGGGAAAUUCCUGAUGAAGAAAAAUACCUUAUGACAAAGAUAAGCUCAAAUGUGGACUUCAAAUGUAGUAGUAAUAAACAAGCCAGGGCCUAGAUCUAGCAUACUUUAUGGUGUUUAGCUGAGUCUACAUUAUCAGGACAUAACAAACGUGCUGCUCCGUCAAGCCAAGUAUUAGGACUAAUAAAAUAUAUCGUGCUCAAAGCCCACAUCCAGAUCUACAUUUUAACGUUGCACAGAGCUUUCACACUAACCUGAUAUAAAAUGUUCUACACACACACAGGAAUGGUAGUCUCCUGUUUAACUGCAGCCUGCCCUUUUUCUCAUCUUUCUGGGUUCACCAGGAAGCGGUGAGGAGUUAAACCAGGCUCAUCUCCACGUCUGUUAUUACAUCCAAAAGCACUACAGGUCUCUGGUAUUGUUCUUUUAGAUGGAACUUCUACAAGUUUGUCUGAAGAUGUGUACUGAAUUGGGCUUACAAUCGCUCGUGUACACGUGCGCCGGUCAUUGUCUCUCAAAAAGCUUGCCCGGCAAUAUGGCCGCGUAAACAAAUCCACAGUUGUGAUGAUGUCACAUGGAAGUCCUCAAUAGUGUGAUGAUUUUGAAGGCGGGGCCAAGAGAGUCCAAAUUUUCAUGCUUUAGUUUAAUUAUGUUGUGUAAACCCCUAAAGUGAGAAAGUAAAACCUGAAUGUAUGAACAACAAUCCACAACCAUGAAAUUAGAAUUUAAAAAAAUCUGUUACAAUUUAGAGAUUUAUGAAAUCAAACAAAUUUGCAAUUCACGGAACUCAAAUUAUGGCACUAUAUUUAUUCCUGUGCGAUUACAUUAGACAGGAAAUUACCUCCAUGUGGAACACUUACUCAUUUCCUUGUUUAUACAAACGGGAAGAAAAAGUCAGAAGGUAGUUUGGCGUUGAUGGUGGGUGGAGCUCUGAAUCCUGGGCUGGCUGACAGUGACACGUCAAUGAAACUUACAGAAAUCAUGACGGAGACGACACCACCACUGGUCAAGGGAGAUGGCUGGUAAAAAUAAACAAUAUUCAUUAUUAAAAACAUGCUAAUGUAGUACAAAGUGUUAAAUUUCUUUGUGACACUAAAAAAAAAUAUGUCAUUCAACACCAUUACCCAAGGGUAAGAUCAUUAAUUACACUUUAAUUAGCGAGAACAACAGAGGUUAUUAUAGUAAACUUGUGACAAACAGUUUUCUGUUGCGUCACUCAGGAACCACAAAAAAGGGACAUUUUUUGAAGACAACAAUAUCCAGAUCAAGGACAGAGAUGAAAAGACAUUAUGUGGGCCAGUUGUGGAACCAUCAACCUGAAACAAGCCAUUCUUGAACAUGAUAAAUGCACCAUCAUCAACUUACAAUAGCAUCCUAUCAUCUUUACACACCAGUGCAAACACACAUGACCAGUGACAGUCAUGUGACCUUAAGAAGUUCAUCAAAAACGCAUGACAUCACACCACAGAUUUGAAUAAAAGUUAUUAUUCUAGCCACAUUCACUGGAUAUGAGCAAUCGUGUGCUCCGAUUGGCUACUCUACUACUAGGAUAUCAGCUCCUAUACUGUGAGUAGAGAAAAACAAAAUGGUGGCGCGUGUUGCUGAACCAACUGAGGACAGAAUAAAAACUAAGUAUUUAAAAGAAACAAAAGUAGCUAAAAGAAUAGUUCUCCACCCCCAAUAUUUCCUGUUCCACAUUCCAGCCCAGUCAGUGGCAGUAAUGCACCUUUAAGUUGGUUUGCCAACCACCAAAAAAACCCUAAAGACGACGACGACCCCCAAAAGCACAAAAAAAAAGCAACAAAAUGUGGUAUUUGAUGGUAAGAACAUUAUUUUUCACGAAUUAUCGCAUUUUUCACAAAUUGCUAUCAUUUCGCCAGUUUGUUUACAUUCUAAGCGGAAAUGAUUUUGUCGGACGUUUUGUAUAAAAGUUUUCAUUUAUCAAAUUUGCAAAAAAUAAAAAUUUUCUGUUUCCUAAAAUCCAGUGAAUGUGGAUAGAAUAAAACAGUUAUUCCAUUCAAUCUCGUCGUACAUGGCUUAUAGCCAACUGGGUGCUACGUGCUUCUUCGGCUAUCAGCUCAUGUACGACUCGAUUUUGUGGAAUAACUUAAUUAGUUUUCUGUGGAACUGAUGAAGAAUUGAUGAAGUCUUCAGGAUAACAGCAGUGGCUUUAAUUGACUCCUGUUAGACAUUGAGAACCAAAAAAAAAAAAACCUGCUUAUAAUUACCAAGGUGCUGGUGUUGGUCUGAAUUGUUUCCAUAACUUUCACUAUCUGGGCUUGGGGGUUCACCAAGGUACCAUACUUGGUCCAUCUUACUUCAAGAUGAUAGGACACUGGAAUGCUGCAUCCCUGCGUGCUCUGGAAAGAUGUUUUGAAUAAAUGUACUGUGUAUUAAAAAAAAAGGAAAUA